CUCGCUCAUCCCUCGCUCCUCUCUCGCUCCCCGCCGAGGGGGGAGAUCGGUUUUCGCGAGCCGGCUCGCCACGGCCUUGAUCACCCUUCCCUGCCCAAGAUCGCCGAGCCUGAGGAGUUGCUGCUUCUGUUGCUGCUGCUGCUGACCAGAGAGCCCUGAGCGAGUGCCAGCAUGUCUCCCACGCCAGUAGCCGAGGAGCUGUCUGCCGGCGGCGACCAGCCUGCCGGCAACAUCAUCGUCGGAAUCAUCUACCCGCCUCCCGAGAUCCGAAACAUCAUCGAUCGGACGGCCCUGUAUACCGGACGCAGUGGCCCCUCCUUUGAAGAGCGCAUCCGAGAAAAUGAAAAACACAAUCCAAAGUUCUGUUUCCUCAACCCAACCGAUCCAUAUCACGCAUACUAUGCACACAAGGUCAAGGAAGUCCGUGAGGGCAAAGCCGCCCAGGAGCAGCCGACUGCCAAGAAGGCCGAGCAGGCGGCUGUCCCCACUGUACCGGCCAAGCCAGCGCCAAAGGAGCCGCCUACAUUCGAGUUCAGCGCCGAAAUGCCUGCAAUCUCUGCCCAGGAUCUGGACAUUAUCAAACUCACGGCCCAGUUUGUGGCCCGCAACGGCCGCCAGUUCAUGACGGGUCUCCAGCAGCGCGAGCAACGCAACUACCAGUUUGAUUUCCUGCGACCCAACCACAGCUGGUUCCCGUAUUUUAUGAAGCUCGUCGAACAGUACACCAAGAUCCUGAUGCCCCCGCGCACCACCAUCCCAAAGCUGCAGAUGGACAUCCAUGAGCGACAGAGGAUCAUGGACCGGGUGAACGAGCGCGUCGAGUACAGCGCCUACAUGGCUGGCCAGAAAAAGAAGGCUGAGGAGUUGGCCGAUCAGGAACGACUCAUUUAUGCCAGCAUCGAUUGGCAAGAUUUCGUUGUGGUCGAAACGAUCGAGUUUGUGGAAAGCGACGAGCACACUGAGCUUGCUGCGCCCAUGAGCUUGAUGGAUCUCGAGAGCAUGACAUUGGCCCAGAGGCGCGCCGCAGUUCUUGCGCCUCCGGUGCAGGAGGAUCAAGGCGAUAUGGAAGUCGAGAUGGAGGAUGACGAUGUCGAUAUGGAGCAGGACGAUGAUGAUGAUGACGAGGCCGCCGCCCGCAUCGAGCAGCCCCAAGUUACCAAGACAGUCGACACCUCAGGUCCCAAGAAGAUCCGAACCGACUAUGUUCCCCAAGUCGGGCGACAGCAGCUCAACGAGCCCAUGUCCAAGUGCCCCAUCUGUGGCGAGUUGUUCAAGGACUCGGAGCUGGAUCGCCACAUCAAGAUCGAGCAGAUGGAUCCCAAGUGGCGAGAACAAAAGCGCGCUGCCGAAGCAAAGAAACAGGGCACCAACCUGCUGUCCGAAGGCGCCGACGUUGCUCGCAACUUGCAGAGGCUCUCGAGCUACCGUACCGAUAUCUUUGGUAGUGAAGAAGUUGGUAUCGGCCGCAAGGUUGGCGAAGAAGCAAGUGCAAAGGAACGACAGGUCGAGCGAGAGAAGGCCACCUGGGAUGGCCACACAGCCUCGAUCGGGUCGGCCACGCGACAGGCCCAGCAGAACGUGAACCUCGAGGACCAGAUCGCAGCCAUCCACCGGUCCAAGCUCGGAGGGGAGGACUCGUCCAUUGGCCCACAGAUCCCUCAACAGUCAUCGGGCCCAGCGCCUCUUCCGCCUCCCAUGCGUCACGCACCACAUUUCCCUCCAGGUCCCCCGGGCCCUCCUGGCUCUGGCUUCCCCGGGCCCCCUGGCCCCCCUGGCCCCCCAGGCAUGCGGGCACCCAUGGGCGGCAUGCCGCCGCGGUCGCUUGGUAUGCCUGGCAACGGGCCUCCUGGCAUGCCGCCGAUGCCCGGACCUCCUCCGCCAGGACUGCCGGGAAUGCCUCCGGUGCCAUCCCGCAUGCCCAUGGGCAUGGCGCCGCCUCUGCCCCCUGGAGCACCUCCCAUGGGAAUGGGUCCUCCAGGGGCUGCACCUCCUGGUAUGCCACCUGGUAUGCCGCCUGGCAUGCCGCCGGGUAUGGCUCCGGGUAUGGCUCCGGGUGCCGGUCGGGGAGGGCCCCCGCCCUUGCCCCCAGGACCACCGCCGAUGCCGGGGAUGCCGCCUCCAGGGACGACAGCAGGAAUGCCACCGCCGCCCCCAGGCGGUUCGGCCCCGCCGCCGCCGCCCAAAGCCAACGUGCGUGUGCUGCCGCAGGAAGAAGCGGCCGAAUCGGAUUCGAAAAAGAUGCGCCUGGAGGAGGAGCCUGGCACCGGCGUGCUGAUUGCCGAACCCGAGUUCUUGAAACGCAACCCGGACCCCGUGGCCCUCGUCAUCGUCACGGAGAGCGGCUCGAUUGAUCUGGAGCCGCUGCCGCCGCAGACACUGGUCAAGGCUCUCAAGGACCAGAUCCAAAGCGCUGCAAACGCCCCGGCCGCGAAGCAGAAGUUGGUGACCAGCGGCGGCAUCGUGCUGAAGAACAACCUGUCGCUGGCGUUCUACAACCUGCGCAACGGCGAUCGCUUGACGCUGGGCACACAAAAGCGUGGUGGUCGCAAGUGAGGGCCGGAUCGGCGGCAGCCAACGACAAUACAAGGCACCCGGCUGGAUUCGAGCGGCAGCCGAUUGCGGCAACCGAUCUGCGGCAACCGAUCUGCGGCAACCGAUCUGCGG